CCGAGGUUCUCAAAUUUGACAAUGUUUCCUCACCGCAUUUCCAGUCUUGGUGUUGCCCUGCUAGCACUUCUGACCGUUGCUGAUUUCUCCCUCGGACAAAAUGAUGACAAUAUCAAGCGAGACUUGGGGUCCCUCAACGACGAAUAUGACUACAUCAUUGUCGGGGGUGGAACCAGUGGUCUCGUUGUGGCCAACCGGCUGACUGAAGAUUCAACAAAAACCGUCCUAGUUAUCGAGUACGGUGACUUCGCAAACACAGUUAAUGCCACUGUGCCAUACUUGACCACGUUAAGUCAGGCGCCUCGCCUGUACAACAUUACGUCGGUUCCGCAGACUCACCUCGGGAACCGCACUUCGGGGCUCCGCCUUGGAGCCGUGGUCGGUGGCGGAUCGACCGUGAAUGGGUUGGCAUGGGACCGUGGAUCAGAAGAAGAUUACGAUUCUUGGGAGGCCCUUGGGAACCCCCAUUGGGGAUGGGAGUCUAUGUUGAAGUAUUUCCGGAAAUCGUCCACAAUCGAACCACCAGCCGACAAGUAUGUUGAGCGAUACGGGUAUCAGUGGAAUCCGGAUUCGUACGGCAAAGGGCCCAUACGGGUAGGGUUUCCAUCGUGGCAAUGGCCAGAAGCCGAGCUCCAAGCUGAAGCGUGGGUCGAGGAUUUAAAGGCGCCGGCGCUGGAAGAUGGCACAGACGGCAACAACGCUGGCCUUUCAUGGCUACCCCAAAACUCCGGUGGCAAGAACGCGACUCGCUCCUCGGCAGAGACGGCAUACUACCGCCCAGCGAGCCAUCGUAGCAACCUACACCUACUCGUGCGUCACUUCGGAGCCACUAUCAAGUUUGACACAAAGAGAAGAGCAAAGGGUGUCGAAAUUGCCAGCCGAGACAGCUCAGACACGAGACUAAUCAAGGCCAAAAACGUCAUCUUAGCUACUGGAGCAGUUAAUACUCCCCGGAUAUUGCAGCUCAGCGGCAUCGGCUCUUCCAAGCAUCUCAGAUCCCUGGACAUCGACGUGGUGGUUGAUCUGCCUGGAGUUGGUGCGAACUUUCAGGACCAUCCGUCCUUCUACAUGGCAUAUAACUUCACCACGGAUACAAAAAUUAAUCCUACGCUCAUGAACAACCCCGAGUUUUAUAAUGCGUCCUGGGAAGAAUACAAGGCGAAUCGCACCGGCCCGCUCACACAUGCCUGGGGGAAUCGCAUUGUAUUCGCGUCUCUGCGGGAUCUCGAUCCCAAUUACAAAGACAUCGUCGCCACGCUCAGCGAGCAGGAUCCCCUGGACCACCUCCCCGCCGUAUACGCCGAGAACCCGUCCUUGGUCAAGGGCUUCGUCCGACAACGCGAAGCCAUCCAAUCCCAGUUCCUCAACCCCCACGCUGGCAUCGUCGAGAUCACCUUUGGCGGCCAGCCGAGCGUCCCCGUGGCGGUGGAGAAGCCCCUGUCGAGAGGCACCGUCCUCAUCAAUAGCACGGACCCCGACCCGUCGAUAUCCCCGCUCGUCGACUUCAACUCGGUCUCGAACCCCAUAGACCUGAUACUGGUCGUCCGCGCACUGGCCAAGGCCCGCGCCUUCAUGGCGAGCGCGAGCAUCGGGCCCCUCGCGGCCGUGGAACUCUCGCCGGGGCCGGCCGUGGUGGGCGAUGCGGUCGUGGAGGCGACUAUGCGUGAGUCGCUGCUGAGCCCGACUUUUGAUCAUCCUGUUGGAACGGCGGCGAUGAUGCCCCGGGAAUGGGGCGGGGUGGUCGACCCCAAGCUGCGAGUCUAUGGCGUCGAGGGGCUUUGGGUAGUGGAUGCUAGCAUCAUGCCUAUUGUUCCGGCGACGCAUACGCAGUCGACGGUGUAUGCUAUUGCGGAGCAUGCGGCAGAUUUGAUCAAGGAGGCUGCUUGCUAAAGUUUCCCUCAGUGCUCGUCCUAGCCUUUGUUACGUACUAUUUUGCUGGCCGAAAGCGGUGGUAGGGAGCUGCAUGUAAUGUGCUGUGUUCAGUUAGUUCUCUAGUUCCGCACAUGGCCAGCGUGUUCGUGUGGGGGCCAACCAUACUCGGAUAUUUUCGACGUUCGCUUUGAUGAGAACCGGAAAUCCGUCCAAGCAACCGGGUAGAGAUCUUAAACGGUGUUGGGUGUGUG